GGAAAGAGAAAGAGAGAUAGUAAGAGUAAGCGAGAUAGCAAGAGAAGCAGAGAGCUUGUGCAAAAAGCUGAAUUAUUGUUUAGUUUACAUAAUAUUCCAUGUUCUGUUUUAGUUUAAAGCUGACCGCCGGGCGCGUCAGGUCGCGUCUCUUCGUGAUGAGUGUUUCGAGAGCGUUCAAGGUUCUCAUUUCGCAUCCGCAGGUGCCGGUGCCGGCGCUGGCGCUGCUGCGCUCGCACGGCGCCGAGACUGUGGUCUGCCAGAGUGUGCCGCCGUUGCGGGAGGAGAUUCUGGAGAAGGUGCCCGGCGUGGAUGCCAUUUACUGGGCGCACUAUCAGCCGCUGAACGCCGCCAUACUGGAUGCAGCCGGGCCGCAGCUGCGCGCCGUGAGCACCAUGUCCUCGGGCAUUGAUUUUGCGGAUGUGCCGGAGUUCAAGCGCCGCCGCAUUCCUCUGGGCCAUACGCCGGGCGUGGUCAAGAACGCGGUGGCGGAUCUGGCCAUUGGCCUGAUGAUUGCAGCCGGUCGACACUUUCAUGCGGGACGCUGCGACAUCGAGGCCUCACAGUGGGUCACGGAGCAGAUCGACUGGCGAAUGGGUGUGGAGAUUCGUGACUCUGUGAUUGGUUUUUUUGGUUUCGGCGGCAUUGGCCAGGCCAUAGCAAAGCGUCUGCAGAGCUGGGAUGUGGCCAAGAUGCUCUACACGACGCGAACCCGCAAGGAGAACGAUGUGGAGUUCCAGGCGGAGCAUGUGCCCUUCGAGCGUCUGCUGCGGGAGAGCGACUUCCUGGUGGUGGCUGCGCCCCUCACCGACGAAACCCGCGGGAAAUUCAAUGCGCAGGCCUUCGGGCAAAUGAAACGCAAUGCGGUCUUUCUCAAUGUGGCCAGAGGCGGUCUGGUCAAUCAGGCUGAUCUGCAUGAGGCACUGAGCACUGGCCAAAUCCUUGCCGCUGGCCUGGACGUAACCACACCAGAGCCCCUGCCAGCCGACAGCCCCAUCCUCAAGCUGCCCAAUUGUGUCGUUCUGCCCCAUUUGGGAACGCAAACCAUGAAGACGACCAUCGAAAUGAGCCUCCUGGCAGCCAACAACAUCAUCAAUGCCAUUGAGGGCAGGCCAAUGGUCAGGUCAGCGUAUUGAAUUGUAGAGCCCAGGCAAAUAUUAAAACUAUAUAAAUUAGUUGUAAAUUAUAGUAUAUAAACAGAAUGUAGGCUUAAGUAUAAAGGAUUUCAAGAAUAGGUGCUAAUGAUA